CUCUGACCCCUCUUCCCCCGGUUCCGGCCCCACCAUGGACGCAGGCUCCGGUCCGGUCUCCGACCCGAGCACGGAGCCGGGUUCCGACCCGUUGGCAGACCCCGACGUGGAGGCGCUGCCGCGGGGCGGGUUCCGCUGCCGCCUCUGCCAAGUGUCCGCUGCCAACCGGCCGAGCCUAACGGAGCAUCUGCGGGGCAAGAAGCACCGGCGGCUGCAGAGCCUGCGGGCCGAGCGCCGGGCACAGGAGCAGCGCAGCCUCUUCGUCAGCGGCUUUGCCCGCGGCACCUCGGCCGAGGAGCUCAGCGACUACUUCGGGGCCUUCGGGGAGGUGGCGGCCGUCGUGAUGGACAAGGAGAAGGGUGCCUAUGCCAUCGUGGAGCUGCAGGAUGCUGCCAGCCGGGAGCGGGCGCUAGAGGAGCCCCAGCACAGCCUGGCCGGGCACCGGCUCCGUGUCCGUCCCCGGGAGCAGAAGGUCUUUGCCUACGGCCCUGUGGGGCGCGGCAGCCACCGGGACCCCCUCAGCCCAGGGCGGCUGGAGCAGGCACUGUGGCAAGCAUCCGAUGUGGACUCUCAGAUGUCACAGCUGGUGGGGCUGCUGGAGCUGAGCGAGGACGAGAGGCGCGUGCGGCACCUCCUGGUCACGCUCUUCCAAGAGGUUUUCACUGAGUUCUUCCCUGGCUGCACCAUUGUGCCCUUUGGCUCCUCUGUCAAUGGCUUCGACACCCGCGGCUGCGACCUGGACCUGCUCCUGGACCUGGAGCCCACCAAGUCCCUCCAGGCAUCAUCACAAGCUGCUCCCAGGGCUGGAUCCUGCUCUGGCGCCGAGGAUUCCAUCCUGAGUGACAUUGACCUGGCGGCAAUGCCGGCGCCAGAGGUGCUGGAGCUGGUGGCGACAGUUCUGCGGCGCUGUGUGCCGGGCGUCCGCCGCGUCCGCGCCGUCCCCACCGCCCGCCGCCCCGUCGUCAAGUUCUGCCACAAGCAGUCGGGGCUGGCGGGUGACAUUUCCAUUGACAACAGGCUGGCGCUGCUCAACACGCGGUUCCUGCAGCUCUGCGCUGAGGCGGACGAGCGCGUGCGGCCGCUGGUGUACGCGGUGCGGCUGUGGGCCAAGCAGCAGGGCCUGGCCGGAAACCCCGCUGGGGGAGGCCCUCUCCUCAACAACUAUGCCCUGACGCUGCUGGUGCUGUUCUUCCUGCAGACACGCAGCCCCCCCGUGCUCCCAACCGUGGCACAGCUGCGGGACUUGGCAGGAGAUGAGGAUCGCACCGUUGUGUGUGGAUGGGACUGCAGCUUCCCCCGGGAUGUGGCACUGCUGGAGCCCAGCACCAACACUGAGAGUUCCUGCUCGCUGCUGGCUGAAUUCUUCCACACCUUUGGGGACUUUGACUUCCCGGGACAAGUGAUCUCGCUGCGGGAAGGCCGAGCGAUGCCGCUGCUACCCCCUGCCCUCCCCGAGGCCAGCGAGGGGCUGAAGCUGGGCCCCCUGAACCUGCAGGACCCCUUUGAGCUGAGCCACAACGUGGCAGCCAACGUCAACGAGAAAACAGCGUCGCGCUUGGGGCGCUGCUGCCGCGACGCCGCCAAGUACUGCCGCAGCCUGCAGUACCGGCAGAGAUCCAGCAAGGGCCGGGCCUGGGGGCUCACACGGCUCUUCCAGCCGGGAGCAGUGGAGCCGGGAGCAGGGAACGCCGGCGCUUUCCUCAUCACCAUUCCCUGGGGCUCCACUGGAGGCCCCGAGCAGCUCGGCCGGGAGCCCCGCGGUCGCGGCCCAUGGUUCUGGGAGGUCUGUGCCGCCAUCGGCUUCGUGCUGAGGGACGUUCUCCAGUGCAGCUGCACCGCGGGGAAGGCACCGGGAGCUCCCAGCGAGGGGUUGGGGCUCUCGGGGGACUCGGCGCUGCCUGAGGAGCCGCCAAUGGGCCCGGACACGGAGGAGGAGCCGCUGGCAGUGGGCUGCAAGCGUCGCGCUCCCGAGACACCCAACGGCACCGAGCUGCCCGGGGGGAAGCGACCGCGGACGAGCAGCCCCGAGGAGACAGCGAAUUGGAGCUGCUCCGUGUGGCACCGUGUGUGGAGGGGCCGGCGCCGCGUCCGCCGGCAGCUGCAGCACAGCCAUGGCCUGGAGGGGCCGGGGGGCGAGGAGCUGGAGCUGGAGCAGAGGGUGUCCGAGGCCAUCGUGCAGCAGGAGGGCUCCGGGCGCCCGGCUGAGCCGCUGCUCUGCUUUGAGGCCAGUGCGCGGGUGGGGGGCACGCGGUGGGUGCUGCUGCGGCUGCUCCCGUCCCCAGCCCCCCCCGAGGCUCCGUUCCGGGACUUCUUCCACUUCCUGCAGAGUUUUCUCCCCGCUGCAGUGCGGCGGCGCCUGGGCCGGGGGCUGCGGGGGGGUCCGGGCCCCCAGGACGGAGGGGAGCGAGGGCAGCUCUGUGCACCCUGA